UCCUGACGUCGUCACCGCGCGCCGCCGUCGCCUUCUUCCUGUUCGCGGGAGAAGUUGUUGGCGCGAAUGGAUUCCGAACUCCGAUAACGGAUUCGCCAGCCGGCCGGCCUGCGCACCGGCGCCUCAGCCCUGCGCUGCGAUGGACAUUCGGAAAUUCUUUGGAGUUAAACCAAGUGGAAAGAAACCUGUAAGUGAAACAGUAAAGAAGAAUGAGAAAACAAAGUCUGCGGAAGAAACUUUAAAGGGAAAGAAAGGAAUAAAGGAAAUCAAGGUAAAUAGCUCCUGUAAAGAGGAUGUCUCCAAACAGAAGCAACCAAAUAAGAAAAAGAGGAUCAUCUAUGAUUCAGAUUCAGAAUCAGAGGAUACAGUGCAGGUAAAAAAUGCCAAAAAGCAACCAGAAAAAUUGCCAUUGACUUCUAAACCUGGUAAAAUUUUACAGCAGGAUCCUGUUACAUACAUUUCAGAAACAGAUGAAGAAGAUGACUUUAUGUGUAAGAAGACAGCCUCUAAAUCAAAAGAGAAUGGAGGAUCUACAAAUAGUUAUCUUGGAGCAUCAAACAUGAAAAAGAAUGAAGAAAACACUAAGACCAAGAAUAAACCUUUAUCACCAAUAAAACUUACACCAACAUCAGUGCUUGAUUAUUUUGGAACUAGAAGUGUCCAAAGAUCAGAUAAGAGGUUGGUGGCAAGCAAAAGAAAAGAGCCUCCACAAAAUACAGGUGAUUCUGGACUAAAUGAUGAAGCCAUUGCCAAGCAGUUGCAGCUUGAUGAAGAUGCAGAGCUGGAGAGGCAACUACAUGAAGAUGAAGAGUUUGCCAGAACAUUAGCCAUGUUAGAUGAAGAACCCAAGACUAAAAAGGCUCGAAAGGACACAGAAGAGGGACAAACGUUUUCAUCUGUCCAAGGCAAUUUAAGUAAAGCAGAAAAAGAUAAAUUUCCUCAUAAAGUAAGAACAGAACGAUUUUCAGAUGAUGGAAAAAGCUACAGUCCUAAGAAGCAAACUAAAUGUGAAAGUUUAAAAGAAUCUCAGCAAUAUUCCAAACCAUCAGCUCACAAAAUAGGAGAAUCCUCUUCUCCAAAAGCCAGUUCUAAUCUCGCAUUUAUGAAAAGAAAAGAGAGCUCUUAUAAAGAUACAGAGCCUGCAACCUCAAAAAGAAAAGAAAAUGCCUUUGAAAUGAAAGGAGAGACAAAAACUCCGAAGAAGAACAAAAGUUCUCCAGCUAAAAAAGAGUCUGUAAGUCCUGAAGAUUCUGAAAAGAAACGCAGUAAUUAUCAAGCUUAUCGAAGCUACUUAAAUCGAGAAGGUCCCAAAGCUCUGGGCUCCAAAGAAAUACCAAAGGGAGCUGAAAAUUGCCUGGAAGGCCUCAUAUUUGUAAUCACAGGAGUGCUGGAGUCCAUUGAGCGAGAUGAAGCCAAGUCUCUAAUUGAACGUUAUGGGGGAAAAGUAACAGGAAAUGUCAGCAAGAAAACAAACUACCUUGUUAUGGGCCGUGAUAGUGGACAGUCUAAGAGUGAUAAGGCAGCAGCAUUGGGGACAAAAAUUAUCGAUGAAGAUGGCCUAUUGAAUCUGAUUCGAACUAUGCCAGGCAAGAAGUCCAAGUAUGAAAUAGCAGUUGAAGCUGAGAUGAAGAAAGAAAAGUCCAAGUUGGAGAAAACACCUCAAAAAAAUGACCAAGGAAAAAGAAAAAUUAGUCCAGCUAAAAAGGAAUCAGAAUCUAAAAAGAGCAAGCUGACGCCUAAAAGGGACAGUUCCAUAAAGUCAAUACACAAGGAAACAAGUGUAUUUAGGAGAGGCAUAGACUUUAAGGAUCAGUUGGCUGAGGAGGUAAAUGGUGACAGCAAGGCCAGGAAUUUGGCUGAUGGCCGCAGUGAAAACAGAGUGGAAAAUUUGCUCUGGGUGGAUAAAUAUAAGCCAACCUCGCUCAAGACCAUUAUUGGACAACAAGGAGACCAGAGCUGUGCCAACAAACUGCUACGCUGGCUCCGAAACUGGCAUGAGAGUUCUUCAGAAGAUAAAAAGCAUGCAGCAAAGUUUGGUAAAUUUGCCGGCAAAGAUGAUGGCUCUAGUUUUAAAGCGGCGCUACUCUCAGGCCCUCCGGGUGUUGGCAAAACCACCACAGCUUCUCUGGUGUGUCAGGAAUUGGGAUACACCUACGUGGAACUGAAUGCAAGUGAUACUAGGAGUAAGAACAGUUUGAAGGCAUUUGUUGCUGAAUCACUGGAUAAUACCAGCAUCAAAGCCUUUUAUUCAAACGGAGCAGCCUGUUCCAGAAGUACAAAGCAUGCUCUCAUCAUGGAUGAGGUGGACGGCAUGGCAGGCAAUGAGGACAGGGGAGGAAUUCAGGAAUUAAUUGGCCUGAUAAAACAUACCAGAAUUCCCAUUAUUUGUAUGUGCAAUGAUAGAAAUCAUCCCAAGAUUCGUUCUUUGGUUCAUUAUUGUUUUGAUCUUCGUUUUCAAAGACCUCGGGUUGAACAGAUUAAGGGUGCUAUGAUGUCUAUUGCAUUUAAAGAGGGUUUGAAGAUUCCCCCUCCAGCUAUGAAUGAAAUAAUUUUGGGAGCCAAUCAAGAUAUUAGACAGGUUUUACACAAUCUCAGUAUGUGGUGUGCAGGAAAUAAGGCAUUAACCUAUGACCAGGCCAAGGCUGAUUCUCAUAGGGCCAAAAAGGAUAUCAAACUGGGCCCAUUUGAUGUUGCCCGGAAAGUGUUUGCAACUGGAGAGGAGACUGCUCAUAUGUCACUUAUGGACAAGUCAGAUCUCUUUUUUCAUGAUUAUUCAAUAGCACCCCUCUUUGUCCAGGAGAACUACCUACAUGUGAAGCCUGUAGCUGCAGGGGGUGACAUGAAAAAGCACUUGAUGCUUUUAAGCCGAGCAGCAGAUAGCAUAUGUGAUGGUGACUUAGUGGACAGUCAGAUCCGGAGUAAGCAAAACUGGAGUCUUCUGCCCACACAGGCCAUUUAUGCCAGUGUUCUUCCUGGAGAGUUGAUGAGGGGGUACAUGACCCAGUUCCCCACCUUCCCGAGCUGGCUGGGGAAGCACUCAUCUACAGGCAAACAUGACCGUAUUGUUCAGGACUUGGCAUUGCAUAUGAGUCUCAAAACUUACUCCAGCAAAAGGACUGUAAACAUGGAUUAUUUGUCACACAUAAGGGAUGCACUUGUGCAGCCCUUGACCUCACAAGGGGUAGAAGGAGUACAGGAUGUUGUUGCACUUAUGGACACAUAUUAUUUGAUGAAAGAAGACUUUGAGAAUAUCAUGGAAAUUAGCAGCUGGGGAGGCAAACCUAGUCCCUUUUCAAAGCUGGAUCCCAAGGUGAAAGCAGCCUUCACGAGAGCUUAUAACAAGGAGGCCCGCCUCACUCCGUACCCACUUCAAGCAGUAAAGACAUCGAGACACAGCGCAGGCCUGUGGCUGGACGCUGAGUACGGUGCAGAGCUAAAUGAGGAUGACUCUCAGUCUGACGAGAAAGACCAAGACGCUAUAGAGACUGAUGCCAUGGUCAAGAAAAAGACAAAAUCUUCAAAGACUUCAAAACCAGAAAAAGAUAAGGAGUCCAGAAAAGGAAAAGGAAAAAGUUCGAAGAAAUGAGACUAUUUUUCACUACCAAUAGCCAUUUUUUACUUACCCUCCUGACCCAUCUAGCUGGUUUAAAGAAAGCCUUUUUUUCCCCAGAGCAACCAUGUUUUAGCAUAAUGGUAAGACCUGGCGGUCCCAUUACAAAUAAAGGGCGCUAUAGCUGGAAGGAUAUGACCAAUAGGCUCACAUACACCUCUCAGAGAGGUUCAUAGGACUGCUUGGGUCCUCCGCUGUCCUCUGACUCCAGUUAGAUUGUUGUACUUCAGAAUGACUGUGUAUAACUGGAACUAGAAAUCAUAUGUGGGCUUUGGAGUCAGAUUUUAGUUAAUAAAAUAAGCCUGGGAGCAGUGGCACUAAGGUGUCUUUUGUAGGCUUAAGAAUUUAUCCUAGUGGCCUUUAUAGGACCAAUGCUGAUUUUUUUUUAAAAGGUAGUGCCUAUUAUGUGGUGAAAUUUUGUAAAUAAAUAACACAAAACCAUCACCACCUGGAACUGGGUAUUCUUUGUACAUUGUCAAAUAUCUUACAAAGUAUAAAUUAGGAAUAAAAAUGUUCCAUAUGAUACAUGUACAAAUUCUUAAGAUUUUCAUCUUGUACAGCUAAAUAUUAUGUUGGUAUAUUACUUUCCUUAUUAAUUUGCAAAUGAUUGGAUUAAAAAUGCAUGCUAUAUAUUCCUUACUAACCAGUUGUGUGAAACAUAACAUUGGCAGUUGAAGAGGCAGAACUCGAAUUUCCAGCUCCACACUCUCUCUGCUGUUGAGUAGGUUUCACAGAGAGGCACAGGUGUGGGGACUGCAGAAGGACUGUCAGACAUUCUUACCCUGGAAUCUUAACCCAUCAGGUUCAAACCAGUAGGGCCCAGGCUGGGUCAGAUUCUCAGGCUCACUCUGUCGUGGGACAAAACUAACACUGGCUUUUUUGUUUACUUUGUCCCUGGGAGAUCUGGUCAUGUCCUGUGGUCGAUUCCACAAACCAACUAGAACUUUACAUUGUUCAUGUUACUAUACCCAUUGAGUGGCGCCGAGGCUGUGGAUCUAGCCUGGAAUUUAAGUUAGCUUUUUGUGCUACUUCUAUGAGGUAUAUGCUGAAAGGAACGUAAAUAAGGAUAGUAUUGUAUUCCUUGCCGUUAAGGAACUGAUAGUCUUAUUUAGGAGAUGGGAUCUAAAGUUCUUGAGUCAUUUAAAGUGUAUUUACCAGUGUGAAAAAUGCCCUUCAUGGAGAUUAAUUCAUUAUGAAAAUAAAACACUGUCUUAAACCUUU